CUCUCCUUCGCUUCUUCGCGAUCUGCAUUGAAGCCGACCCCUGCUCCGUCCUUUCUCCCAUCCUGAACUCUCUCUCUCUCUCUAAAAUGGCGAGCCUGGCCCGUAUUUCGAGGAAGGCCCUGACCUCAGCUUUAUCGUCCCAGAGCCACCGCGUCCUCCUUCGCGGCUUUGCCGCCGAAGCAUCUAAGGCCGUCACGCCGUCGCCGGAUCGAGUCAAAUGGGACUACAGAGGCCAGAGGAAGAUAAUCCCGCUGGGUCAGUGGGUCCCCAAGGUCGCUGUCGAUGCUUAUGUAGCUCCCAACGUGGUCCUCGCCGGCCAAGUGGCAGUCCUCGACGGAUCCUCCGUCUGGAGCGGUUCGGUUCUCCGGGGCGAUCUCAAUAAGAUCACCCUUGGAUUCUGCUCUAAUGUACAGGAGAGGUGUGUUAUUCACGCUGCUUGGUCUUCUCCUACAGGUCUGCCAGCAGAGACAUCCAUUGAGAGGUUUGUGACAGUUGGUGCAUACAGUCUCUUGAGGUCAUGCACGAUCGAGCCAGAGUGCAUUAUUGGUCAGCAUUCCAUUCUGAUGGAAGGUUCACUGGUGGAGACCCACUCUAUCCUUGAGGCUGGAUCUGUUGUCCCUCCAGGGAGGAGAAUUCCUAGUGGUGAACUUUGGGCAGGGAAUCCUGCGAGGUUUGUCAGGAUGCUAACUCAUGAAGAAACCCUAGAAAUCCCUAAGCUUGCGGUUGCAAUCAACGAUCUGAGUAAGAAUCAUUUCUCGGAGUUCCUCCCCUACUCUACUGUAUAUUUGGAGGUUGAGAAGUUCAAGAAGUCCUUGGGAAUCUCCAUAUGAUUGAUAUGUGUUGCUCUCUUUCAAUUGUAUCAUCUCUAUCUCUAGUGUUUUUGUUUUGUUGGAGCUUCCUGUCCCGUGAAAGAAAAUAAGCUGCUUCGAGACAAGUAAAGCAUGCUUUCUGCAUUUUCUUAUCCUUUUGAGAAUUGAUCUCCUGCUAUAGGAAAGGAUUGUUUGUAAGCUUUCUGAUCACAUUAGUAGAUGGACUGCUGGGGCGUUGUUCCUCCUCCCAUGUAUUGGUCAAUUUUCUCUCUGAAGAUUAUUACGUGGGUGUUGUUGCUUA